GUUGCUGUUACCCUGGCCUAGGCUCAAUUCCCUGCAUGGCCCUACCUAGAAGCCUUCUCUAUUUGGAACUCAGAAUCAUGCGACAGACUUUGCCUUACAUCUACUUUUGGGGAGGACUUUUGCCCUUUGGGAUGCUGUGUGCAUCCUCCACCAACAAAUGCACUGUUAGCCAUGAAGUUGCUGACUGCAGCCACCUGAAGUUGACUCAGGUACCCAAUGACCUCCCCACAAACAUAACAGUGUUGAAUCUUACCCAUAAUCAACUCAGAAGAUUACCAGCUGCCAAUUUUACAAGAUAUAGCCAACUAACUAUCUUGGAUGUAGGAUUUAACAGCAUCUCAAAACUGGAGCCAGAAUUGUGCCAAAAACUUCCCAUGUUAAAAGUUUUGAACCUCCAGCACAAUGAGCUAUCUCAACUUUCUGAUAAAACCUUUGCCUCCUGCACGAAUUUGACGGAGCUCCAUCUCAUGUCCAACUCAAUCCAGAAAAUUAAAAAUAAUCCCUUUGUAAAGCAGAAGAAUUUAAUCACAUUAGAUCUGUCUCAUAAUGGCUUGUCAUCUACAAAAUUAGGAACUCAGGUUCAGCUGGAAAAUCUCCAAGAGCUUCUAUUAUCAAACAAUAAAAUCCAAGCGCUAAAAAGUGAAGAACUUGAUAUCCUUGCCAAUUCAUCUUUAAAAAAAUUAGAGUUGUCAUCGAAUCAAAUUAAAGAGUUUUCUCCAGGGUGUUUUCACGCAAUUGGAAGAUUAUUUGGCCUCUUUCUGAACAAUGUCCAGCUGGGUCCCAGCCUCACAGAGAAGCUAUGUUUGGAGUUAGCACACACAAGCAUUCGGAAUCUGACUCUGAGUAACAGCCAGCUGUCCACCACCAGCAAUACAACUUUCUUGGGACUAAAGUGGACGAAUCUCACUAUGCUUGAUCUUUCCCACAACAACUUAAAUGUGGUUGGUAACGAUUCCUUUGUUUGGCUUCCACAUCUAGAAUAUUUCUUCCUGGAGUAUAAUAAUAUACAGCAUUUGUUCUCUCACUCUUUGCACGGGCUUUUCAACGUGCGGUACCUGAAUUUGAAACGGUCUUUUACUAAACAAAGUAUUUCCCUUGCUUCGCUCCCCAAGAUUGAUGAUUUUUCUUUUCAGUGGCUAACACGUUUGGAGCACCUUAACAUGGAAGAUAAUGAUAUUUCAGGCAUAAAAAGCAAUAUGUUCACAGGAUUGAUAAACCUGAAAUACUUAAGUCUAUCCAACUCCUUUACAAGUUUGCAAACUUUGACAAAUGAAACAUUUGUAUCCCUUGCUCAUUCUCCCUUACACAUACUCAACCUAACCAAGAAUAAAAUCUCAAAAAUAGAGAGUGGUGCCUUCUCUUGGUUGGGCCACUUAGAAGUACUUGACCUGGGCCUUAAUGAAAUUGGGCAAGAACUCACAGGCCAGGAAUGGAGAGGUCUUGAAAAUAUUUUCGAAAUCUAUCUUUCCUACAACAAGUACCUGCAACUGACUAGGAACUCCUUUGCCUUGGUCCCAAGCCUUCAACGACUGAUGCUCCGAAGGGUGGCCCUUAAAAAUGUGGAUAGCUCUCCUUCACCAUUCCAGCCUCUUCGUAACUUGACCAUUCUGGAUCUAAGCAACAACAACAUAGCCAACAUAAAUGAUGACAUGUUGGAAGGUCUUGAGAAACUAGAAAUUCUGGAUUUACAGCAUAACAACUUAGCACGGCUCUGGAAACACGCAAACCCUGGUGGUCCUGUUUAUUUCCUAAGGGGUCUGUCUCACCUCCACAUCCUUAACUUGGAGUCUAAUGGCUUUGACGAGAUCCCAGUUGAGGUCUUCAAGGAUUUAUUUGAACUAAAGAUCAUCGAUUUAGGAUUGAAUAAUUUAAACACACUUCCAGCGUCUGUCUUUGAUAAUCAGGUGUCUCUAAGGUCAUUGAACCUUCAGAAGAAUCUCAUAACAUCAGUUGAGAAGAAGGUUUUCGGGCCAGCUUUCAGGAACCUGAGUAACUUAGAUAUGCGCUUUAAUCCCUUUGAUUGCACAUGUGAAAGUAUUGCCUGGUUUGUUAAUUGGAUUAACAAGACCCAUGCCAACAUCCCUGAGCUGUCAAGCCACUACCUUUGCAACACUCCACCUCACUAUCAUGGGUUCCUAGUGAGACUUUUUGAUACAUCAUCCUGCAAAGACAGUGCCCCCUUUGAACUCUUUUUCAUGAUCAAUACCAGUAUCCUGUUGAUUUUUAUCUUUGUUGUACUUCUCAUCCACUUUGAGGGCUGGAGGAUAUCUUUUUACUGGAAUGUUUCAGUACAUCGAGUUCUUGGUUUCAAAGAUAGACAGACAGAACAGUUUGAAUAUGCAGCAUAUAUAAUUCAUGCCCAUAAAGAUAAGGAAUGGGUCUGGGAACAUUUCUCUUCAAUGGAAAAGGAAGACCAAUCUCUCAAAUUUUGUCUGGAAGAAAGGGACUUUGAGGCAGGUGUUUUUGAACUGGAAGCAAUUGUUAACAGCAUCAAAAGAAGCAGAAAAAUUAUUUUUGUUAUAACACACCAUCUAUUAAAAGACCCAUUAUGCAAAAGAUUCAAGGUACAUCAUGCCGUUCAACAAGCUAUUGAACAAAAUCUGGAUUCCAUUAUAUUGAUUUUCCUUGAGGAGAUUCCAGAUUAUAAACUGAACCAUGCACUCUGUUUGCGAAGAGGAAUGUUUAAAUCUCGCUGCAUCUUGAACUGGCCAGUUCAGAAAGAACGGAUAGGUGCCUUUCAUCAUAAACUGCAAGUAGCACUUGGAUCCAAAAACUCAGUGCAUUAAAUUUAUUUAAAUGUUCACUUAGCAAAGGAAAAACUUUCUCUAUUUAAAAAGUUCCAUGGCUAAUUUAAGUUUUCCAUAAAGGUGUUAUAAUUUGUUUAUUCAUAUUUGUAAGUGAUUAUAUUCUAUCACAAUUAUAUCUCUUCUAGGAAAAUGUAUCUCCUUAUUUCAGGCCUAUAUUUGACAACUGACUAAAUUUCACCCAAAAUAAACAUAGAAGCACAUAA